GCCGCGGGAAGUGCAACUUGGGUUUUGACAACUGCAACAACUAGUCCUAUGCACCACAACAACAGCGCAAAUUUUAGAAUUACACACUGAUCAGUGGAUCAUCCAAAAGAAUUAGAAGAGAACAUGGGUAAAAGAGAUAACAGGAUAGCAUUUGUAAAUCCAGUUGCUGCAUCUCGUUCUUCUGGUUAUACUGCCUCUGGUCCAACCGCAAGGGACUAUCUGAAUCGACCCAGGCCAACAUGGGAUGAAGUGAGAAGUUUGAUUGACAAAAAGAAUCAAGGGUCAUCAACAUUGGCAAAGUUUGAGGAAGAAAUGAAUGAGGCUUACAGAAAACGGCAAGAGAAGCAUAGGAACAGAAUUCUGGCAAAAGCUAACAGAAUUUCAAAGAAGAGAAAAAGAGCACGGUCAUCUUCUUUGUCAUCUUCCACUACUGAAUCAUCAAUAGAACACAGAAAAAGAGCAAAGAGAUUAAAGAAAAAGACGUCAAAGAGAAGAAAGAAGUAUCUCUCAAAAGAACGAGAAUAUGAAACUAACAGUUCUGCAGAGGAUACUGACAUGGAGAGGGAAGAAAAAACCAAGAGGCAAAAUAAAUACAACAAGCUGGGAAAGGAAAGUGACACCUCUGAAUGGGAAGAGGUGACUACAGAGAAGACAAAAACCCGGAAGAAAAAAAAAUUGAAGAAAAAGAAGAAGAAGAAUCGAUGAUGAGUUACCUUUUGAGCUUGAGUUUUGCUACCUUAGUUGACCAGCUGUCAGUCUUGUUCAUCAGGGUGGCUUUUUGAAAGAUAUGAGAUCUACCACAGGAGAAUUCGCAAAGCCGCCUGGUUUUAUGAAACUGUUUCGCAGGAAUCACGUUGAUGAGAUUUGUUGGUUUUUGUUUUGCCUAAUCAUGGACGCUAGGGGAUGUUUUGAAGGGAAAAGAGUAACGUAGAUUGCAAAACCACUAGGAUUUUCCAUCUUAAGCGUCAACCUGAUAUCGCUUUUUAUUGGUUCUACUGGAAGCAAGAGAACAUUUGCAUUCACUCUGUUUACAUGUUGUGAUCCCUAGAGAGAUCGCUGAAUUUUAUUUCUCUGAAGCACCAAGAAGCACUUUUCAGACUUCUUUUUUAAAGAAAACUUUACACACAAUGGAUGUCACUAAGUGGAGCUGGUACAUCAACGAGAUGUUUUCACCACGCCUAUGGGACCAUAUUUUUUUGUGAAGUGAAGGGGAUUUCGAGUAUCACUCUGAACAAAUGAACAGCUUGUAAAAGAUAGUCUCAGGGACUGAAACAAACACAGAAGUAGCUUAAGACUUGGGCAGAAUCUUGCUUGCUCAAGCUAUCGUUCACUAAUGAAACAUUCUCAACGCAUUUUCAGUCCAUGAGUUCAUUACAAAAUUGUUGAAUUUAAUAUUUUGCUAUAUUUGCAAAUUCAGUUGCUUUAUGGGUGUAUUUGCAUGCCUGUUUUCCUUCCCACAUAAAAAUUUCAGGGUGUUAGUCAAGCUGACGUAGAGCAAAUUAAGUUUCGUGGGAUU